AUGCAUGACGAACGAGUUGAACGUCAUAUACGUGGUGUUCAAGAAACAUUAGAACAAAUUGAUGCAGAUUAUAGUCGAAUGUUAAAAGACUUUUCUAAAUCAAUCAAUACUUAUAGAGAUGAUAUAUUUAAUUUGGAAAAUGUAUUUGUUAAUGCAACAACAAGUAAUCGUCUUUUAGCAUUACAAGAUCGUUUACAAAAACAACGUGAUACAUUAAUGAAUAAUAUACGAAUAUCAUUAAGAAGUUUUCGUAAACGUUUUGAUGAUUCUAUGCAAUAUUUACGACAAGCAAAUGUUAAAUUUCGAAAAUCAUUUAAAACGUUUUCUGAGGGUGGAAAUUUUAGUCGUGAAGAAAUAGAAGUCUAUCGAAAAAAACUUGAAAAAACAAUAUUUCAAAUAGAUAAAGCUGAAACAGCUAUAUUAAAUGAAUUAGAAAAACUUGAAAAAAAACAAUUAGAAGAUGCAAAUAAAAUAAUGAAUCAAUUUCAAGAACGUUUUAAAAAUCAUAUGACUGAUUUAAAAUUUAUUGAAUUAACAAAUCGAUGGAUAAGUGAAACACAAGUUAAGAUCAAAAGUGAAGUUGCUGUUAAUAAUGAACAUGCACAAAUGCUUAAAACACUUAUUUUAACUUAUCAAGCUAAAAUUGAUUCAAUUCUAAAUCCAAAUUUAGAUAAACCAUUAUCAACAUCAAAUGAAAUUCGAGAACUUUUUCAUCAAAUUGUUUUAACUACAUAUGAACGAGCAUUAUAUUUAAAAUGUCUUAAUAAUGAAUUAACAAUACCAGCUUCACUUAUCACUAUUCUUAAAGAUAAAGGAUUAAUUACUGAAAAAGCGUUAGUUAAUGAUCUUCUUCAUGUAACUGGAACAGAGGAAGCAAAUUUAUCUCGUCGUCCAUCACGAAUGAGUGCUGGUGUUGGUAGUAGUAAUGCUGAAGAAGUUAAAUCAGUUAAAUUUGCAUCAUCAUCAUCACCAACAACAUCAUCUUCACGAAAUAAAACAGAGUCAGCUACAUUAGUUGGUCUUACUGGUGGACAUCCAGAAGAUUUAGAUACAAUUUCAAUAAUACGAUCCCUUCUUCAUCAAGAAGAACUACCAGAUUCUGAUGAAAUUGUUGAGCCAGGUGUACCUGCUGCUAUAGAAGUGACUACACGCCCAAUUGUUUCUGACUCUCCAAUACCAUCAUCACAUGGGAAAAAAUCGAAACAACAUGAUAAAAAUCCAAGUUCAUCAAAUCAAGAAUCAUCCAUUGAUGAAACAAGACCAUCUACUCGACGUGAUCGGCCAACUCGUGCUAGAACACGUGAUGAAAUCUAUAAUCUCUAUUGCACAUUUGGUGAAAAACAGCAUUCUGGUCAAGAUUUUUUAUGUAAAAUAUUAAACAUUCUACGAGAAUCAACUGAAGGUUUACUUACACAUUCUGAAAUAUUUUAUCGAGAUAAAGGUUCUCGCCCUGUAACACGUCCUCAAGCAUUAGGUGAAAAAUUUGAUGAAUUUGCACAUGUAAUGGUAGACAAAUUAAAAAAUUACGAAGCACAAUGUCGUUCUUAUCAUGAAAAUUCAAUAAAUGAAUUUCGUAAUGUCCUUGAAUUAUUUGAGCGUACAUCAUGUUUAAUGACUAAAAUUGAAUUUAAUGAACAAUUAUUUCAAGCUGAAAAAAAUCUUCUUGAUUGUAAACAACAAUUUGAUACGAUAUUACAUAAACAAUUAAAUGAAUCCAUUAAUGAAAAACAAACAAAUUUUCAACAACUUCGUCCAACAUUUGGAUAUCCAGCAAAGAAAAAUCAUUUACAAACUAUUGAUAAUCAAGAAAAAUUACGUCAAGAUAAUAUAGAAAAAAUAUGUAUUGAACUUCGGUCGAAUACAACUGAAAAUAUUCAAACAACUACACAAGAAAUAAAUAAUUCAUUAGCAACAAAUGCUGAACAUUUAUUAAUUCUAUUUGAUGAAAUAUUAACAGCUGAUGAAAUAACACGAACAAAAUUACCGAUAGUCAAACAAUCGCUUACGGAAUUAUUAAGACGUCAGCAAACGGGAAGACCUUUAGAAGAUUCUGAACCAACUCCAUUAAUUGAACGUAAACAAGGUCAUUGGCCAGGUUUACCAUUACUUGAUAAUCAAUUAAAUCAACGACGUGACUCUAUAAAAUCCCGAAAACGUUCAUCAAUAGCUACUCAACGACAAACAGCAUCAGCUUCGAUUGUUACGCAAAAGACGACAUUACCACAAAUAGAAACAAUAGCACAACGAGAUCAAGCUUGUCAAAAAUAUAAAGAAUUAUUAAUUCAAAUAUUAACUGAUAUUGAAGAAAAAUGUUCAGCAAUAUUAGUCGAACUUGAUCGUGAUCGAUCAUAUUGGAAAACAUCAAUUGAAAAAUUACAACAAUUAAGAACAAAUUAA